UUGUACGAUUGAAUAAGAAUUGGUGUGUGUGAAACUUCAUUAUUUCAUUCUUCUCUUCUUUCAGUCAAGAAGAGAUUUUCUGAACAAGAAAGAUGUCGUCAACACUUCAAUUUGGAAGCAUCCCAUCCUUUACAAUGUCUCUCACUGCUUCCCCUUCUUCUAUCCCGCUUAGUUCCGGUGCAACUUUGGUGUUCACCUCUAAAUUCCGCCCCUCAUUUGCUUUGACCUCCGAUUCUGAUAGCAGAGACGUCGGGUCCUUGAAGAGCCCUAAAUUCUCCACAAUCAGUUGCUCUGCGGGGGGCUCAGAUACAGAUGUAGUGGUCAAAGAGAAAAGUGUCUCUGUUGUUCUGCUUGCAGGAGGAAAGGGCAAAAGAAUGGGUGCAAGCAUGCCUAAGCAGUAUCUUCCACUUCUUGGCCAACCGAUAGCUUUAUACAGUUUCUACACUUUCUCAAGGAUGCCUGAGGUGAAGGAAAUUGUUGUUGUAUGCGAUCCUUCGUAUCGAGACAUUUUUGAAGAUGCCAGAGACGAUAUUCACAUUGACUUGAAAUUUGCGUUGCCUGGGAAAGAGAGGCAAGAUUCUGUAUACAGUGGAUUAGAGGCAAUUGAUGUAAAUUCUGAGCUAGUCUGCAUACAUGAUUCUGCAAGACCUCUCGUGGAAACUCCAGAUGUCGCAAAGGUUCUGAAGGAUGGCAAGCGAAUUGGGGCAGCUGUGCUAGGUGUUCCUGCUAAGGCUACAAUCAAGGAGGCUAAUGCCGAGUCUUUUGUGGUUAAAACACUGGACCGGAAGACCCUCUGGGAAAUGCAAACCCCACAGGUUAUCAAGCCGGACUUGCUUAGGAAGGGUUUCGAGCUUGUAAAUAGAGAAGGACUUGAAGUUACCGAUGACGUCUCUAUAGUGGAGCACCUCAAACAUCCAGUGUACAUUACUGAAGGAUCUUACACCAACAUCAAGGUUACGACCCCAGACGAUUUAUUGCUUGCUGAGAGAAUAUUGAACCCUGAAGAUUAAGAUUCUUACGAUGGUUCCUUACUUCUUUGGAAGUUAAACGAUUUUUUGCUACGUCCAUGGACAUUGGGACUUCCGAAUUUUCAUUUAAAUCUGUUUCAGUGGUGAAGUACGAGUGUACACAAUCGUACCCCCAAAAUAAAGCAUAAUAAUAUGAUGAGAUUUUUUUGUGGUA